UACAAUAUUUAGAAAUGGCCGCCAAAUACCGGUUCUCCGCGAAAUGAUAUUUCUUAUUGUCAAUUUUGUAAAUGUGUAUGUGUUGAAAGUAUGCACAUGCUUCGUAUGCUUGGAAUGUAAAAUAAGAAUUGCUUAUAUUGCACAUUUGUGUAUGUAUACAUUAUUAUAUUUUGUGAAAGAUUUCACUGAAAAAGACAUCAUAGUGCAUGUAAUUUAACCGUACAAAAAUUUAUUGAACUUCCAAUUUUAAUAUCACUAAAAUUAAAACAAAGAACCAGAAAAGUUGCUAAAUUCGAAAUUUUAUAAUUAUUUAUGAUACGUUAAUUAAACACAAUGGAUAAAUACCAACAUAUAAGAGCAUUUAUAUCAGCGGUUGUAGAAUAUAUUAAACAUUCAAGUGAGGCAACAGCUACGAUUUUACAACGAAAUCUUGGGGUAAUAAGUACAUCACUGGAUUUGAGUAUUUUUGACCCUGGAACCAGCAUAGCAGCAGAGUUCUAUGUUAGUUUGCAUGAGCUUAUGAAUUCAUUAGCUUCCAGAACCACUUUGAUCUGGAGCACUGUUGAUGUUUUACAAAAUGCUUGUCGCAAUGCUGCUGCAAGACAAGCUCUCAUCCACACAUACAAAUUUGCACCAAUAUUGGCAAGAUUAUUGGAAGCAAAUUUAACAAGUGAAAAAAGAAUAAGAGUAUUGAAACUACUUCAAGAAUUGACAUAUGGCAUAAAAAUUUCAUGGCAAGAAGCUCAUUUACCUUAUCUAGUAUCAAUAUUAACACAAUGGGUGACACAAUCCAAAGAAGAAAACAUUAUUGCACUUUCCUUAGGUGUACUAGUAAAUUUGUGUUAUAAAAAUCUUCCUGCUGUAUAUAUACUAAUGAGGACAAUUGAUACAAAAGCGUUUAUAAGAACUUUAUUAAAACUACAACAUUGUAGUGUUAACACCAGUGUACAAUGUUGUAAACUUUUGAUUAUACUAGAACAUACAAAUACGAAUAUUUCAGAGAAAUAUAUUUUGGAUUUUGCUGCUGUCACAUUCAGUAGUCUUAUCACUGCAAUGAAACAAAGAGAUGUUUUAUUAUUGAGACAUAUCAUAGAUUUCUUUAAUGAUGUUGGACAAAAUGAACAUUCCCAUGCUGUGUUACUAACAUACCCACAUUAUGGUAGAGAUGUGGAAAAUGUCUUGGCUACAUUAGAAGAUAAUGCAGAUCCAGAAUGUGUUGCUCUUAUGAUGGAAUUUUUGUCAUCUUUAGUAAAAUUAAAAUUAUCUUCUUUGGUGUCUCUAUAUCCUUUAUUUGUGAAAACUGCAAUGACUUGGGUUCCAGUAGAACAGGUAUGCUCUAAAGCAUUAGCUUUGAUAAGAGUUACAGUAGUUGAUGCACGACGUACUAAACUCUUCCCCGAGGUGCUGGCAGAAUUAGAUGCUUCAGUUUUAAUGCUUAUAUUAAAUACAGAAAAUGAUGAAAUUCAAGGAAAAUAUGAAUUAACAUUAGAAACAGAAACAAAAUUAGCAGAGUUAAUGCAAUUAUUUCAAGAAAUGGUUAAAACAUCUACACUCAGAACAAAAGUCAUGCAGUCCUUUAGUGAACAAAUAAUACGAAAAUUAUUAAAUCCAAUGUUAGAUUCUGAAACAUGUGCAGCUGACAACUGGCCAGGAAAUUUUAUUCAAAAUCCUACUACAAAUCUGUGUAUUUAUGCAUUAGCUUUGACUGCUGAUUUAGCAGCUGAUAAUUCGCAAUGGUUAACAUUAUAUUCUGAAUUACUUAGAAAGAAACAAAUUCAAAUAACAAUGGCAAAUGCAUUGUUCACUGGUGAUGCAGAUAUUAAACAAAAAGUUCUGCAAUUAACAUCUACCAUCGGAUUUCCUCAGGAAUGUGUUUCCGCGGUGGCGCUUUGUAUGAAGCAACUGGAGCCUUUGAUAUUGGUACAAAGUACUCCUGGUACGGUAACAAAUAUUGGAAGUAAAAUGUCCAUAAAUGCAAAUAACGAAAUGGCUCCACUAUUUUCUUUUGCACAAGAAGAACGGCUUGAUGCGUUUUUAGCAAAAUUAAAAAGAAUCUAUGAAUCAAAUCAAAUCAAUGAUAUUACCACAUCAGCAGUGAUGGAAUUAUAUGAAUAUAAGUUAGCAGCUAUGAGACAUGCAGAACGGGCCAUGCAAUCUAGUUUAGAAGCAGCAAACAACCAUGGAACUAGUUUACAACAUAGACUAGCACAAGUAGUGGCAGAGUCUAGUCGUUUACAUCAGAUGUUAUUUGACACACAACAAUGUUUAGAAGGAGUAAAGUCUACAUUAACUGUAAAACUUGCUGAAGCAGAAGAACAAAGUAAAAAAGCAAUUGCUAUUAAAAAACAGGAAAUCGACAGUUUAAAAAGGAUAGUUUUAGAAAAAACUACUAACAUUGAUCACUUAAAUGUAGUUCUCGUACAACAUAAACAUGAAUUAGAAACUAAUCAGAAUAGAAUUGAAGCAUUAACUAAAAAAAUUAAAGAGUUAGAAGUUGAAUGUACGAAUGCAGAUGCAAAAACCAUGGAAAUGACCAAUAAAAAUCAUGAACUAAGUAAAGUACUUCUUAAAAUGCAAGAUCAAUUAAACAAAAAAGAUCAGGUAAUAGAAUUAAAAACUGCGGAAAUUCAGUCGAAUCAAAAAGAUAUAUCUGCACUCAAGCAAGAAGCCCAACAAUUAUCACAAUUAUUGCAAAAAUAUGAAAAGAACAUUGCUGAAAAGGAGGAAAAAAUUAAGAAGAUGAAAGCAGAAUUGAUGGAUUUAAGUCGAAUGCGUGAUAUGAUUUUCGAACUUACUGCUAAAAAAAAGGAAGACUUAAAUAGUUAAUACUGUAUUUUUGUUGUAAAAUUCAUUUUUAAAUUAUCAAAACAAUUUGAUAGUAGUUUUUAUAAAAAAAAUUUCUUAUUAAUAACUUUUUCUUACAUUUUUAAUAUAAGUAAUUGAAAAAUAAAUAAUGCAUACAUAUAUUUACAUUAAAGACCAGCAAUAUUGAUUGCAUGAUUUAUUUUAUAAAUAUAAUUUUGUUCUUUAUUAUUGUUAUUUAAAUAUAAUUUUUAUAUAUUUCUAUAAAUAUAACUCAAGAAAUACAUAUUUUUAAUACGAACAAUUUUAUCUUAAAGUAUUUUUGCAUGCAAUUUGUUUUUAUUUUUCAACAUAAAAAUGCAUAACAAACUAAACCAAAAUCAGUUUACAUAAAUUAGUUACGAUUUCUUUUCUUUUUUCGCUUAUUAUGUCACGCAUGUUCGUG